GUCGUGACGGUUGGCGCAAUGGCCGACCACGUUGCACCAGCGCCGCCGAGUCCGCAGCCAAGCCCUGUUCGAUCGUCUCACAGCCCGAAGCGGUUGGCGCACAGCCCGAAGCGCAGCCCGAAUGAGGAAGGCCAUGAUGCCCCCCCCGAAUGGAGCCCACCCCCCCGACAAAGCGCUUGGGACGAGUGGCAGCAUCGCAUUGGCACGGCGUCACUGGCGCUCUCGCUCUUGAUGCAGCUCUCGUACGUGGCGUUUCCAGCCUACAACUUUGCGCUCGCGAUCUGGGCGACUGUCCACCCGUUUUCGCACCAUAAACACAACGCACGCGGCACCGUCUUGUAUGUCUCGGUGCUCGGCCUCUCUUGCGUGACCGACAUUGUCUGGAGCGUGCUUUGGAUCUCGGGCCAAGCCUUUGCCAAUUUGAUAUGCCAGCCCAAUAGCAUUGGUAUUCUGCACUGCGACGGGCUCGGCAGCUACCCCGGGUGCGGCACCAACCGGUUCGCCGCCGUCAUGUUCUUCGCCAACAUCGUGCUCAAAGCGAUCACGGCCGUGUGCGUGUGGAAGGCUGUGACCAUUGAAGCCCCGGCGUUGGCGCCACUCGAGCCGCCGCGCCACGCACUGCCUCCGGGCGCGCACAUUGUCGAUGCUCCCUCCGAGCCCAAGUAGACACAUUUGAUUGGUGGUGGUGAUGGACACUUAACAUCGUCGUAUUAUACCUUUCAGUCGACUGGUAGGCUACCAACAAUGAAUAAUGUACUCUGACCGAAUGGCUAUGCGGCCG